UGGACUCAAAUGCUAGUAACGCCGGUAGGUUAGCUGCUGUCGGUCUGUCAGCCAAAGAUACAGACAGUAAAAGGCUUUGAUUUCACACCACAACCACACCAGGAGACAUAACGGAAACGGCUCUAUGUGUGCGACAUCCUCAAACCUGAUCUGAACUACUGCAAGAAGACAAGUGGACAAAGCAUAAUCAGACAACGUAAUCCCACUUGGACAGCAGGACACCACUGUAGCAAACAACGAAAGACAAGGACGACCUACCGAGUGUCUAGCUAACACACAGGUUGACACUUUGACCAGCCAGGGCCUGAUAUAAAUGGCUGACAAGCAGAUCAGUUUGCCUGCCAAAUUGAUCAAUGGGGGGAUCGCUGGCCUAAUUGGAGUGACCUGUGUGUUUCCCAUUGACCUGGCCAAGACUCGCUUGCAAAACCAGCAAAAUGGAUCUCGCCUUUACACCAGCAUGUCAGAUUGCCUUAUUAAGACCAUCCGGUCAGAGGGGUACUUUGGGAUGUACCGAGGAGCAGCGGUGAACUUAACACUAGUCACGCCAGAAAAAGCCAUCAAAUUGGCUGCCAACGACUUCUUCAGGCAUCACCUCUCCAAGGAUGGAAAACUCACUCUGUUCAAAGAGAUGCUGGCUGGGUGCGGAGCAGGUACAUGCCAGGUUAUUGUCACAACUCCUAUGGAGAUGUUGAAAAUCCAGCUCCAAGAUGCUGGACGAAUUGCGGCUCAGAGGAAGCUGAUGCCGGAGACGGUGGCAGCAGGCACUGUUGAGACCAAGUCCCCGACAGCCAUGCAGCUCACCAGAGAACUACUGAGGGAAAAGGGUAUUGCUGGGCUGUAUAAAGGCCUUGGUGCCACACUGCUCAGGGAUGUCCCUUUCUCCAUCAUAUAUUUCCCCCUUUUUGCCAACCUGAAUAAUCUGGGCAAAAAAGGCACAGAUGGGCCCGCUCCUUUCUACGUGUCCUUUAUAUCAGGCUGCCUUGCAGGGAGCACGGCGGCUGUUGCUGUCAACCCGGUUGAUGUGAUAAAGACUAGACUGCAGUCGCUGAACCGAGGGAGCACAGAAGACACGUACAGUGGAGUGACUGACUGUAUCAGGAAAAUCAUGCGUAAUGAGGGUCCAACAGCCUUCCUGAAGGGAGCCUACUGUCGAGCCUUGGUCAUCGCACCUCUGUUUGGCAUCGCCCAGGUGGUCUACUUCCUGGGUGUGGGUGAAUUUAUCCUCAGCUUCUUGCCUAAAAAAGACAACUAAGAAGCACCUCCUUUCUGCCUUUCCCUCCCAUAAUGCAUCACACCAACUGCGUGUGGAUUCAUCUCAUUCUGAAAGAAGUUUUUAAUGGGUCAAAGCAUGACCAGUCAGUACAUUUUGUUUUAAAUUUCUUGUGUUGAAUGUUGAAAUAGUUUAGGAGGGAGCCUUUGUUUGCCAAGCUGCCUGUGGUGGCACACAACAUUCCAGUAGCCAUGCUCAGCUAGCUCUCUGGAAAUGAAGCCACAAAUCUCAGUUGAAGUUUUAAAGGAAUUUUGGUUUAUAAUUCCAUUUUAUUGCGUUUUUAAAUAUGAUUGUUGAUUUUUCAAAGUAAAUGUACUGCCCUUGGUUGCUGCAGUUCUGCAAGCCCUACAAUACCUAAUGUACAAUUAGGUAUUAAAUUACUACUAGGUUUUAAUUAUUAAUGGUAACUAGCUAAAUCAAAUGCCCAUACUUUAAUUACAAAGAUAUUUGAGAACUUUAGAUCUGGUAGAAUAUUUAUUAAAAUUCUAUUGAAAGGAUUCCCACAGUCUUUAUGUCUUAAAGGACAAUAUACUUAGAAUUAAAGCAAAACAUAUGCCUCUGUUUCAGACAAAGACCCAGGGAAUGUGUUGAUCUGAUACCAUCACACCCCCUGUGAUCUUUCCUGAGAAGCCACAUCCCUUCCUGUAAGUGGUCAUAAUGAACUCAGCCAUUCAGCUCCGAGCAGACUUUUAUUGCCUUGGCAUUAUAAGUAGAUCAGGUUCCAUCUGAUAUUUAGUGCAACCACAAUGGUUCGACUGUUUUGCCUCUGUGAAAGAUGUCUCGUGUUUCGUAGUCACACACUGCUCUGGAGAGACGGUGUACAACAUCUGGGCACGGUGCACUGCCAAAAUGUACACUUUGUUCAACCUGCACGCAAAAAACUGCUUCUGCACUUCUUUGCAUGGGUUGAAAUUGUCAAGCAUUUUGUACUCGUGACCACACCCCAAUCAGUCAUGUCACAACGGGGGCUUUGCCUUUGACAGACGAUGGAAAACACCUGCUGUGACAUCACUGAUUGGAUCGUGGCCAAAAGUGCAGUGCGCUUAAAAUUUCAGUCCUUGGAGAGCAGUGCAGCAGCAGUUUUCUGCCCUGCGUGAUUCAUUGUGCAUUCACACACUAAAUGGGUUGAAAGUAAUUUUAAUAGAAUGCCAGAUUAUUAGUAGAUAUUCAGCAGUUAUGUUGACAAAUGGUCAGACAUUUCAUACUGAGGCCUCACAAGUACAGUCAUCCAUUGUGGAGCCAGUGAGACCGAGCUGGAGUAUUUCAGACCCCCUAGAUUCACAUAUGAUUAUUAUUGUUUACAGAUGAGUUCCCACUCAAUUUAAAUUCUUUGUCCAAACUUGAAUUCAGUGGCAGGACCCAAAGAGCUAAUGAAAAACAUUUCUUUAUCAAAAAAAAAUUAAACCAGUGUGGUUUCAGUGUUCUGUGAGUUUUACCAAACAUCUCUGCUUGUUUGCUUUAGAGGUUUUGUUUGCUUUAAGCUGCUGGGGAAAGCAGCACUGUCGUAUCUUGUUUAUGCAUCACAACACUGAAGCCCUGCCAUUGGUUUAUCUCGCCGGAGAUCAAGGUGACUUUGAUGUGUAUUAUCCAAUCACAUUCCUUCCUCGCUCCCGCUGUUCAAGCAGCUUGUCAAUUGUACUGUUGCACUGUAGAUGUGCAAUGCAACUUUUUAGUGUGUUAUCAUUUGUGGGAGUGAGAUCUAUUUAUCAAUAUUCCUUUCUAUAGGCAGUAUAGCACUAUAUAUUUGUAUGUGUUGUUUUUUUCUGUGUCAAAAGUGUCCACCUGAACUAUAUUGUACAUAUGCAGAUGAUAUGAACUUUAUGUUUUAGGAUUAAUUGUUUGUUUUGUACAUGAUGGCUUAUUUGCACACCUACCUCUCCAGCCCCCCCCCCAAUCCAUAUUGUGGUGAUUUUAUGUUACGAUGAUGUGGACAUAUCAAAUGAAGGAACAUGUUUUAAUGCAGCAAGCAUCAUUCGAACUUAAAUGCAGUAUACUGAUGAGGGUUUUUUUUUUAACUGUAUGCAAAGGGGAACACAAGUGUAGAUCUAGGAUGGUUUUUUGGAGGUGCCAUUUCUCCGUAGCUAUUGGUUAAAUUGAGUUGGCCUAUUGUCCUGUUUCCUGCAGUUUUAGCAAUGAGGACCAAAUGAAGCAUCAUAUAAUGAUGAUAGAAAUGUAGUUAGUUUCAAGUAAAUGACCUAUGGCACUAUUUAAACUGCUCUGGAAAUGAAAUAAAUGAAACACACCCUGGACAAGGCCAGUAGGGACCUGCUGACAUUAGACUGUAAAUCUAACAUCUGUCUUUUUUGAAUGGUGCUUCUUUCAUGAGGUUGCUGCAGUACGACCACAAUGGCACUGACUGACUCACAUGCUAGCAAAUCUCAGCUUUAUCAGUGUCUUAACUGAAAGCCAUAGGUCAGGGAGGAGCAACAGAACUGCUAGACAUCGACUGGCACCUCCAGCCAUGUUGACAGAUGACAGCUGAGCCACAGGAAAAUGGCAAAAAAAAAGAGAGACCUGCCUACUCGUGUGAGCUGGUCUUUAUAAAUACCUGAUGUAGUUGUUUUCAACAUUCCGAUUGCCAGUUCAUCUCAUAUGUAUAUAUAUAGGCAUAUAUAUAUAUAUGUAUGCUGUUAUUGUGAUCAUAAUGCCUGUUUUUGUGUUGUUGAGAUUACUGUUAUGAUUUUUGAGCCCCCCCACCCGACUCCUCUCUUGUUUGUUUUCAGAUUUUAUUGUCUGUUCUUGGUUUAAUCUUGAAAACGUUGUGCAAAGUCAUUUUGUUUGACACAGCUGUGAAUUUUCACUAACCUUGUGCAUUUGGUUACGUAUGUGUGCGCGUGCGUGUGCGUGUCUGACUGUGUAGUGCUGUAGUUGAUGUGUAGUCGUUAGUGUGACACUGCGGUAUUUUUCUCUUUGAUUGUCAGACCCACGCUCUCUCCCCUCUUCCCCUCUAUCUGUCACACUCCUCUGCCACCUACUCUCUCCGGCAUCCACCGCCCGGGGUUGCGGGUUAAUGCGGAGGAGCUCUACAACACCAAAUGUAUGACUUAGAGUGUAAACAAUCAAAGAAAGCACAAAGGAUUCUUAGGCACAAGAGAACACAUGGCCCACUCAGACAAAGUCCUUUUUAAAACAAUGUCUGCUUAGGCAGACAUGGAUUUAAGUCUGAUUUAUUACAGUGGAGGUGUAGAUUGAGAUUAUCUUUUUGAUCUCGUGAGAAAGUUUAUCUAUGUCUGUAAAACUUGAUCCAUAGGGCUGAGACGACAGGAUAAGAGACCUAUGAGAUGGUGUCCACCAGACUAGCCAUCAACAGUUAUCCACAUAAUGUAUAUCGCCUACAUAUUCUAAAUCAAUCAGAUAUACGAAUGUAACUUAGAUAUUAUGAGAUGUAUUAUAAUUAUAGUGAAGAGUUUAUUACAUUUUAAUCUAAAUAAUUGUGCUUUACACAUUCACUAAAAGAACUUCGUGAACCAGCUCACUGAUAUGCAAUAAGUAGAAGCCACACACUUGGAAAAAACACACACACACCAAAAGAAAAAAAAAGAAAGAAAACACAUACAAAAAAACAUCUGAAUUACAGUAUCACACAAGGUAUGAUGCAACUAGGGACCUUGGAGGCCUUCUGGGGUCUGAGCGCUCUUCACCGCCUCUGUUGUCUUCCUCCAAGAGGAAUUGUGCAUUACAGCACUUUAAAACAAGGACCCCCACCCCACUUUCCACCUACAAAGUCUCUCUCUGUGACAAAGAGGGUGUUUCUGAAUAUGUGUGGUGAAUGACACAGUUGUCCUACACAUUGUUGACAAUGCAAUGGAAAAAAUAAAAUGAAAUAUUGUGUUCCUUGUCACAAUUUGCUGUUCAAUAAACUGA